GUCCUCCGAAGAGCCUGUGCUGUCCUCCACCAGCCCUUCUGCACCUUUCCAUCCUGCAGACUCUUGGUGCCGACUCUGUGGGACAGCCCAGUCCCCACUUAGCCUCCUGCAAGAGCACUGCUGAGCGCCGCUCCAUCAUUGUUACCUGAGCAGGACCCAGAAGGAAAGGACCUCAGAGGCAGUCCUCUAAGGAUAGUCAUGGCGCAUUACCCAGACCGUCCAGCCGAGACCUCCAUCAUCAAGUUCAAGGAUCAAGACUUUAACUCUUUGCGGAACCACUGCCUAAGCAACAGAAAGUGGUUUGUGGAUGAGACGUUCCCUGCUGAAGCUUCUUCCAUAGGCCAGAAACUACUCCAAGGAAAAAACCUUUCCAGUGUGGAGUGGCUGCGGCCGAAGGAUUUAUCAAGGGACCCACACUUUAUCCUGGAAGGUGCAAGUAGAUUUGACAUCCAGCAAGGAAGAGCAGGGGACUGCUGGUUCCUCGCAGCGCUGGGCUCCUUGACCCAGAACCCUCGGAGUCUGCAGAAGAUCCUGAUGGAGCAAAGUUUUUCACAUCAGUAUGCAGGGAUUUUCCAUUUUCAGUUCUGGCAGUGUGGCCACUGGGUAGAAGUGGUGGUUGAUGACCGCUUGCCUGUGGUGGGCAAGGAAUGCCUCUUCGUGCAUCCUUGCAAAGGCAGCCAAGAGUUCUGGCCAUGCCUGCUGGAGAAAGCCUAUGCCAAGCUGCGGGGAUCCUAUUCUCACCUGCACUACGGCUACCUCCCUGAUGCCCUGGUGGACCUCACAGGAGGGGUGGUCACCAUUGCCAACCUGUACUCCUCUCCUUCCAACCUGCUGAUGAUGGUGAAGAUGGCAGCCAAGGCCGGCUCUCUGAUGACCUGUGCCACCCCAAAGGGGCCAACAGACGAGUCGGAAGUGAUGGCGAAUGGGCUGGUGAGUCAGCACGCCUAUACGGUCACCGGGGCUGAACAGAUUCAGUACAGGACAGGCUGGGAAGACAUUGUCCGCUUGUGGAAUCCCUGGGGCAAAACGGAGUGGCGAGGGCGCUGGAGAGAUGGGUCCCAGGAAUGGCAAGAAACCCAAGACCCACGGAAAAGGCAGCUGUACCACAACAAGGAAGAUGGCGAGUUCUGGAUGUCAUGUCAAGAUUUCCAGGAGAACUUCUUUUCUUUGUUCAUAUGUAACCAAAUCCCCAUCACUCUGGACCAUGGACGUAGGCCCCAUGGAACAUGGGGCCAAAUGAUAUUUAAGAACCAAGAGAUUCUAGGAAACAGUGCAGGACAACCCUGGAGGAAUGCUCAGUACCUCUUCAGUGUGCGAGAGUCCCAGGGAGGUGACAAUGUUGUUGUGUCCUUCACUGUCAUGCCACAAGGCUUGAAGAUAGAAGAAGAGGAAGGAUUUCCCUUGAACUUCCAGGUGUUUAAGGUUGACGCUCAGUUUCAGCAAUUCCAGGAGAGAUUGCCGCCCACGUUUUUUUCUCCAUUUAGAAAUGCUGCCCAGGGCAUAGAGUAUAAAACCAAAUGCAACUUCACGAAGUCCUUCCAGCUCAACUCUGGGACCUAUGUCGUGGUCCCCUCAACACAUAGAGAAGCAGCUAGAUUCUUGCUUAGAAUCUUCCUGAAAAUGCCAGACAAUGACAGGAACCGAGGCAGCAAUUUCAACCUCAGAGCUCUCGAGGGAAGUCUUUCAGAAGACUCUGAACAAAGCACUUUCUACAGAUAUGCGCCAAAGGGACUGGACAUCGAUGCCACCCAGCUCCAGGGCCUUCUCAACGAGGAGUUCCUGACAGGACCUCCAGGGGACACUUUCUCUCUCGACGAGUGCCGCAGCAUCGUGGCUCUGAUGGAUCUGAAAGUGAAUGGGCGCCUCGACCACGAGGAGUUUGCCAGACUCUGGAGGCGACUUGUCCACUGCCAGCACGUUUUCCAGAACAUCCAGAAAAGCACUGGAGUCCUCCUGAGCUCAGACUUGGGCAAGGCUGUAAAAGAUACAGACUUUCUUACAGGCAUCUCCAUCAACACUGAGCUGCUGGAUCUCAUGACCCUUCGGUACAGUGACAGCACUGGUCGGGUCAGCUUCCCCAGCCUGGUCUGCUUCCUGAUGCGGCUGGAAGCCAUGGCAAAGACAUUCCAUAAUCUCUCCAAGGACGGAAAAGGACUCUACCUGACAGAAAUGGAGUGGAUGAACCUGGCCAUGUACAACUGAGGAAAGGAAUGUAGCAGACCCCACGGACAAGGUAAGAUACAGUUUGGAACUCUGUCUUCU